AUUGAGUAAAUUUAUUUUCAUUUUUUAAAAAUUUCACAAAAGAAGUUUAAUUUGAAGAGGAGUGGGAGUCUAUGAGUAGGACCGUAUAAUUUGCUUGUGACAUGUGAUUUGUCAUCUUUUCCGGUUUCCAGAAACUGGCUUUAUAAAUAAGAACCAACUCCAAACAACCCCUAGAAAGUUUAAAACAAUAUGGCCCUAAAUUCUCGCAUCGUCCUAUUCCUCGUGGUGGCCUCCGCCGCCCUCCUCUCCCCCUCCCCCGCCGCCUCAGACUCCCUUGUAGGCGGAUGGGGGCCCAUCGUGAUGCCCCCUCCCCCCUACGUGGUGGAGAUCGGACGAUUUGCCGUAGCCGCCAUCAACAAGGCGGCGAACACCACUCUGGAGUUCGAACGCGUGGUCAAAGGCGAGGAACAAGUCGUCGCCGGGACGAAUUACAGGCUCGUGGUCGCCACUAAGGCCGCCGGGAAGAUGUACGAGGCUGUCGUCUGGGACCGAUCUUGGUUGCCGGCGAGGAAUCUGACCUCCUUCAAGCCGUACGACGGUGCUUCGAAUCUGUCUUAGUCAGUGAAGAUGUUCGAUUGUAUGUUGUCUUUGAUCUGCAAAGAGUAAAUUAAGGUUGUUAGAGACAUUUGAAUUAUAAUAUCUGCAGAUAAAUCUGAUUAAAAUUG